UUGAUUGCAGACAACAGAAGACAACCGUAUCUGUAGUAAAUAUACAGCUGACUGGGUGGGUUCCCGCUUGACGUCAUGUGAAAAGGGUCUGAUUUACUGUAAAAACUUACUUUACUCCACCCCUAGCCAGCCGGCGUCUGUCUACACUCGGAACUAGUAUCUGUAAAAGCUUCACUAAAAAUCGUUUUGAUAAACGACAGAUUGUUAGACUGUAUACGACUGUUUACGACUAUCAUAACCGAUUUUAGUCAAUUUUGAGCUUGUUAAGAGCACCCAAGCCUGACACUCUGUCACCCAAGCCUGUCACUAGUUAAUUAUGAUCUAAGGAAAACUCAUUUCACCAGGACGUUUUCCAAAAGAUUUUGAACUAUGGACAAAAAGGAAUCAGUUGAUAAGAUUUGUGAAAAUAAAAUCUUCCUGUUGGAGACUUUAUCCGUAGAUGCCAAUUUCAUCUUGCAGCAUGUGCAACAAGCCAAACUUAUUACUCUGCGCGACUACAAUAACCUCUCAGAUUUCCCUCAAAGAGAGACCAAAAUCAUCAACCUGCUUGACAAACUCAUGGGAAAAGGGGAGGAAACCUGCCACCAAUUCAUAGCCCUUUUAAGGCAGGAUUGUGUGUUGGAAAAUUUCCCAAUGUUAAAGGAUCAUGACAUUUUUGAUUCUUCAGUGCAGGAGAUCUCUCCAUACAGAAUAAUUAAAAAUCCACGAGGGAUCUGUGUAAUCAUCAAUAACGAAAUCUUUUCAUCCUUCCUGAGAUCAAGAACAGGAUCGGAUAAGGACCGAGAGUACCUAGCCAAAGUUUUCCACUGGCUGGGUUUCGAGGUGGUGGAACACAAUAAUAAAGAUACAGCUGAAAUGAGGAACAUCUUGAAAGAUCUGGGAAGGACAGUAGAUGGAGACUGUUUUGUGUGCUGCGUUCUCACACAUGGCGUAAGGGAAGGAGUGUGUGGAACCGAUGGCAAUUAUUUGUCUAUUGACGAAAUACGAGAGCCUUUUACUGGCGUUAACUGCCAAAAGCUGGUCGGGAAGCCCAAACUGUUUUUCAUACAGGCAUGUCGAGGUGACAACUUUCUGCAAGCUUGUGUGAAAGUUGAAGCGGAUGCUGGAAAUUCAAAAGCGAAGGUGGAGGGUGAUAAUUUAGACAUCACCAUCCCGUCUGACACAGAUUUCCUGAUUGCCAGAUCAACCACCGAUGGACACGUUUCUUACAGAAACGUCAGCGAAGGCUCCUGGUUUAUUCAGUCGCUAUGUAGAAACCUGGAGAAACAUUGUCCACGGGGUGCUGACAUCCUGACAAUCCUGCUUUAUGUGAAUAAUGAAGUGAGCAGUCAGAAGAGCAUAAGGAAACAAAUGCCUAUCUAUGAAGUGGCCUUAACGAGGAAACUAUUCUUGCGGCCAGUGAAUCCCUGAAAAAUCCUAGUGAUGACUGUCGGACUUUAUACGUCAUUGGGAUUUCAUGGAGUAAUCAUGGAUGAUUUACCAGAGAAUUUAUUAGGACAGUGGCUUUCAAUGCCAAUUCUAGGAUCGGCGUCCUGGGAUCAGUUAUUACAAUUUAAAAUUAUUGGUUCUUUAGCAAAAUAGUCGACUCUGCCAAAAGGCAAAGCUCUCGAUUUACCGGUCAAUCUACAUUCCUACUCUCAC